AUGUUGACAGAGUCUCUUGUGGGAAAUGUGGCCAAAGAUCUGGGGUUAGACAUUAGAAGACUUAAAACCGGCAGCGCCCGUAUUUUUACUGAAGGGGGUGCGGAAUACUUUGAGCUGAAUACGAAUAAAGGCACUUUGGUGGUUAAAGGCAGAAUUGAUAGAGAAGAGCUAUGCGCACAAAUUUUCCCUUGUACCUUAAACGUGCAGGUGGUGCUUGAAAACCCUAUUGAAUUUUACGAAGUCAUUGUCGAAAUUAUUGACGUGAAUGACAAUGAUCCCAUAUUUCCAAAUAAAAACAUUAAAUUGGAAAUCAGUGAAGCAUCAAUGCCAGGAUCCCGUUUCGCACUGCUUAGUGCCACUGAUAACGAUGUGGGGUUGAAUGCUCUUCAAACAUACACACUUACACCAAAUGAAAAUUUUAAUUUAAAAAUUCGUAAGCAGUCUGAUGGCAGCAGUUCAAUAGAUUUACUCCUAAUAAAGCAACUGGAUCGAGAAAAGCUAGAAGAACACGUCCUGCUGCUUAUUGCUAUUGAUAGUGGGAGUCCUCCGAGGACGGGCACUGUUGAAAUUCAGAUAGUUGUUCUGGAUGCCAACGACAAUGCCCCUGUUUUUACUCAAGAUAUUUAUAAAACGACUGUUGAAGAAAAUACUUCCAUAGGUUAUAUGCUGAUUUCAGUUACUGCUACCGAUGCAGACAAAGAAAUGCAUGCUCUGAUAACAUACAGUCUCACUCAUGUUACUGGUAAUGGCGGCGAUCUGUUUGAAAUUAACCCAAGUUCUGGUGGAAUUAAAGUCAAAGGGCACCUGGAUUAUGAAACAGGAAAAAUGUAUGAGAUUACAGUGCAGGCUAAAGAUGCAGGUGGCGGCACAGGUUCGUGCAAGGUGAUAGUAGACAUUAUUGAUGUCAAUGACAACAUUCCUUUAAUAACUCUCAUGUCAGUCUCAAGUGAAAUUCCUGAAGACUCAGGACCUGGGACAGUGGUAGCUGUGAUUAAAGUGCAGGACAAGGACUCUGGAAAAAACGGCAAAGUCUUUUGUUUAAUUGAUGACAACAUUCCGUUUAAACUGAAAUCCUCUAUGACAAACUUACAAAGUCUAGAAACGGGUGCAUUUCUAGAUCGAGAAAUAACGUCACAAUAUAAUAUUACGAUUUUUGCAAGAGACGAAGGCGAUCCUUCACUGUCAUCUAGUCUCACGAUAACUGUAGAAGUAAGCGACGUCAAUGAUAAUGCACCGAAAUUCGACAAGCAGCAUUAUACAGCGUAUAUAAUGGAAAACAAUUCUCCAGGAAAUUCAUUCUUUUCCUUACGAGCUAAAGACGACGACUCGGGUGUCAACAGUAAAAUUUCUUACUUUAUUGAUCAAUCUCUUGUUCAAAACAUAUCUGUUUUAUCAUAUAUUUCCAUUAAUUUUGAAGAUGGCACGCUCUACGCUGUACAGUCUUUUGAUUAUGAGCAGGUGAAGCGUUUUCAAAUUUCUGUCAUAGCAAAAGACGGGGGAUCUCCGUCCUUUAGUGCAAGCGCAAUUAUAGAUAUUUUUGUGCAGGACCAAAAUGAUAAUGCUCCCCAGAUUCUUUACCCAAUUCAGAAUAAAGCGUCACCCGGUCCUGAAAUGCUACCCCGCACUGCAGAUGAUGGCUAUCUGGUAACUAAAGUUGUAGCAGUUGAUAAGGACAGUGGGCAAAAUGCUUGGCUUACUUAUAAACUCAUCAAAUCCACUGAUCAAACCCUUUUUAAAUUGGGUCCACAUAAUGGAGAAUUAAGAACAAUUCGAGAAGUUACAGAGAAAGAUCCGACAAGGCAAACCGUGGUUAUUUCAGUAGAAGACAACGGACAACCAGCUCAGUCAACUACAGUGACUAUAAACGUGGCUGUCACUGACAGCUUUCCUCAAGCAUUAUUAGAAUUCAAAGAACUCUCUCAGGAAGCCAAUAGAGAAAGUGACCUCAAAUUUUAUUUAGUAAUUGCUUUAACAGUUGUUUCAUUUCUUUUUAUUACAUUUAUCGUUAUCUUUGUAACCUUCAAAAUUUAUUCCUGGAGGCGGUCUAGACUCUUCAAAGCUUGUUCAAAUGGCAAUCUCCCAGUUAUUCCAUAUUAUCCACCCCGAUAUGCAGACGUCGGUGGAACAGGAACUCUUCGUCACGUUUACAAUUAUGAAGUUUGUCUAACAACGGAUUCGGGAAGAAGCGAUUUCAAGUACAUUAAACCUGUCCUACAUAGUGAAGUGAAUAAUGAACUUAGUGGACUUGAAACAAUGCCUCUCAACCAAAAAGCAGACCUGAGUACUAACGAAGAACUCAUACAGGUAAGUCUGAGCACUCCGCAAAGCAGUUAA